AUGCUGAGAAGGGAAGUGUUUUCCAAGGUCAUCUACUUCUCUUUCGAAAGCUUCAGUGAACCGGAAAGGUUCAAUGACUUUCUUGGUAAAACCCAGUUUGUGAGAGAUUUAGGAGGAAAAGAGUGGAGCUUACUCUCUUCCAGAUUGAUCAGAAUUGUGCUGUUGCAGGCAACAGUGUCAUUCAAGGAUGUGACUGUGGAGUUCACCCAGGAGGAGUGGAGGCAGAUGGACUCUGCUCAGAGGACUCUGUACAGAGAUGUGAUGCUGGAGAACUACAGCCACCUCGUCUCAGUGGGGUACUGCUUUACAAAACCAGAACUGAUCUUCACACUGGAACAAGGAGAAGAUCCAUGGCUAUUAAAGAAAGAAUUUCUAAGAAAAACCUCCCCAGAAGACUCCCAACCUAAUCAACUCUCAGAGAAGAGCCUAGAAAACCAAGGCAAAUAUUUGUGGCAAGUUUUAUUCACCAACAAAUCAUUGACUACAGCAGAAGAGAUUUCAGAAAAACCAUGUAAUCUGGACAUAAACAUUUUACCUGCAAGAACAAUGCCCUAUAAAUUUGACACUACAGAGCCUACUUACCUGCAUCUUAGCUCUUUGACUCCACACUGUCAGUAUUCAAGAAAGAAGGCUCAUGAGCUUACUGUAUGUGAGAAAUGGCUCCUCAGUAUUAAGGAGGGCAGAACUAAUAGUGGAGAGAAAUCAUUUGUCUAUAGUAAAAAUGUGAAAUCAUUCAGUCAUAAAGAGAAAGUCAUUCAGCAUCAGGCAGUUCAGACUUUGCAGCAAGCUUCUGAGUACAAUGAAUGUGGAAAAGCUUUCCUUGAAAAGACUGCCCUCAUUACAUCUGGGAGUACCCACCCAAAAGUGAAAUCUUAUAAAUUCAGUAAAUUUGGGGGGAAACAAUGUGAUAAAUCAACUCUUACAGUCUCUCAUAGCAGAGGAAAAGAGUCCAGAGGAAAUCCAGAGGAAAAGAGUCAUUAUGAAUUUAAUGAAUAUCAAUGUACUGAAAAUAAUUUCAGUAGGAUCACUCAAAGAUCUGACACAGAAGGGAAACCUUUCAGCCAAAAAUCACAUACUAGAGAACAUCAGAAAAUUCAUAUAGGAGUGAAACCCUUGGAAUAUGGAAAGAAUUUCAGCCAUAAUCCAGCCCUCCCAGUGCAUCAGAUAACUCAUACAACAGACAAAUUCUCUGAUUAUGACACAUGUACAGAGACCUCAGGUUGCCAGUCAGCUUUCAACAUACAUCAGAGAACUCACAUAACAGUGAAACCCUUUGAAUGUAAUGAAUGUGGAAAAUCCUGUACUAUGAAUUCAUUCCUGAUUCAGCCUCUGGAAAGUCACACAGGGGAGAAAACCUACAAAUGUCAUGCAUGUGGGAAAGCUUUCAGUGAGAAGUCACGCCUAAGAAAACAUCAGAGAACUCACACAGGAGAGAAACCCUAUAAAUGUGAUGGUUGUGAGAAGGCUUUCAGUGCAAAGUCAGGUCUAAGAAUACAUCAGAGAACUCACACAGGGGAGAAACCCUAUGAAUGUAAUGAAUGUGGGAAAUCUUUCAACUAUAAGUCAAUCCUUAUAGUACAUCAGAGAACUCACACAGGGGAGAAACCCUUUGAAUGUAAUGAAUGUGGAAAAUCUUUCAGCCACAUGUCAGGCCUAAGAAAUCACCGGAGGACUCACACAGGGGAAAGACCAUAUAAAUGUGAUGAAUGUGGGAAAGCUUUCAAACUGAAGUCGGGUCUAAGAAAACAUCAUAGAACUCACACAGGGGAGAAGCCCUAUAAAUGCAAUCAAUGUGGGAAAGCUUUUGGUCAGAAAUCACAACUUAGAGGACAUCAUAGAAUUCACACAGGGGAGAAACCCUAUAAAUGUAAUCAUUGUGGGGAAGCUUUUAGCCAGAAGUCAAACCUCAGAGUGCAUCACAGAACUCACACUGGGGAGAAACCCUAUAAAUGUGAUGAGUGUGGAAAAACUUUCAGGCAGAAAUCAAAUCUCAGAGGACAUCAGAGAACUCACACAGGGGAGAAACCCUAUGAAUGUAAUGAAUGUGGAAAAGCUUUCAGUGAAAAGUCAGUCUUAAGAAAACAUCAGAGAACUCACACAGGAGAGAAACCCUAUAAUUGUAAUCACUGUGGAGAAGCUUUCAGCCAGAAGUCAAACCUCAGAGUACAUCAGAGAACUCACACAGGGGAGAAACCCUAUAAAUGUGAUAAAUGUGGGAAAACUUUCAGCCAGAAAUCAAGCCUUAGAGAACAUCAGAAAGCUCACACAGGGAGUUAAAUAUAUGAAUGUAAAGAAUAUGGAAAAACUUUGAGCCAGAAAUCAAAUCUCACAAUAUAUCAGAAAACUCACACUGCAGAAAAGGUUUGGGAAUGUAGUAAAAAUGAUCUGGGCUCCAGGUAUCAAUACAGGGAGUUAAUCUUAUUAUGCCCUCUUUAUCCCCGGCCUCCCCGCCGCACGCCGGCCUCCAACACACCCGAAAUCCGCGAGGAGUCGCGCUGUUUUCAUGGGAAAUGUAGUCCUGAAGGCCACGGCUCCCCGCGCGGCCUUCUGGGAACGGAUAUCCUGGACUUUUCCCUGCGCAUGUGCAGUCAACCCUACUUUCCUGCUUCCGCCCUCUACGGCCGUGCGGGGUUGGCCCGUUUGCCCUCAGGUGAGAGGAGCGGGGCGGGGGUUUCUGGGCUUCCGUGCGCCUGGCGGGGGCGGGGUGGGCUUGUGGCCUGA